CAAUGGCCCACGGUGCCAUAGUUCGCCGCAAUGGACAGGAAACCCCGGCUCGUUUGAAGGAGCUAUGGGCGCUCUCCUGGGGAUCCUGGGCGUUGAAUCAGACGUUGAAUCAAAUCUGAAUUCUCGUCAGAAAGACCGGACAAUUCCAGCUUCUCGAGAAUUUUCAACGCCGUUUGUCCAUCCUGGCCUGCCCUGCGUUUGCCGCGGCCGUUGCUGGAAUCAACCCGACACGGCAGAACAAGGACGGGAGUGGGGCGGCUUUUCGCAGUUGCGCCCACAGCGGUUCGAUCGGCGUCAGCUUUGCUCCCUUUUGGCCACUGAUUGUGACGGAAGAGACGGUACUGUCUUCAACUUCAUCCGUUUGCCAGCUUCUUUGCCCAUUGUACUCGCUCUUUUCUUGUUGCAUCCAGCGUCCAGCAUCACUAGCCCGGCCCCCCUCUACAGUGCUGUCACGUAGCACCAGCAACUUCCCCGGCAAAUCUGUCAAUAGAUCAGAAUCAUCGUCCCAUUUCGAAACGCAUCUCUUUAUAACACCAGUUUCGCAUCCGCAUAGCCGCCGAGAUCUCCUAGUCCAGUCUUCCUGUUGGCCUCCUAUCUCUGCGUCAUGCCCGCCGUUCUUCAACCCACACGAUCAUGAUUUACGACCUCGAUUGAAUGAACAAUGGACUCCUCGCGAACACGGGGAGCAUCUUUCACGGCUCCGCGCCGCGUCUUUACGGCACCAGUCCACCAGCCUGCGGUAGCGCCCCCGCGGCCAUCUUCCUCCUCCUCCGCUUCGCAACCCACCGGCGGUCUCGUCGAUACUCUUUACGACCAUCCUAAUGUGAAAAUCGUUUCCUUCUCGGCAGGAUCCCAGUUCCUUGCCAUUGGCUCCAAAGGCACGGGUCCCGACAUUGAGCCUGGCUCGCUAUCUUGGUCCUCACAGUUAGAGCGGACCAUUGCAGUCGGACCUUUCCGCAUUUACCGCGCCCCUGGAUCAGUCGCAUUCCUGAGCUGCGGCUCUGCAUUACAACCCAUUUUGAAGAAGAGUCAGGUCUGGUGCGUGGACGAAGAACCCAGCAAGUUCGUACUACAGAUACGACGCCCCCAGUAUUGGCGGAUUGAAGUACCAGUGAAGGAUCCCGAGGACCAGCGACGAGCCGAAGUGUUGCGAGAGGUCUUUGACCAGAUUCUGCAGUUUGAAAAGACUCCGUGUCCUUUCGCGAGGUCUUUCACCGUUGACCUUCCAGAAAGCGCUCCUGUCAAGUUGAAGCCAUGGACACCAGCGCGGAGAUCCAGUGCCUGUCUCCCUGUGCAACCAUCUACGCCAGUCGAGAUUGCGCAUAUCCAUCGGGGUCCACCACGAGGGUCGAUUUGCCUUGGCGACCUGUCAUUGAGUGAACAAGGCAAAUACUUGGAUUCGACACUGGAAGAAAACCCAAGAGAACACAAGGCAAAAUCCCAGGCUCAUGAGGGCUCGCCUGUAGGAGAGCCGAGCGGAAAGGCGUUGCGCCCAUCACCCCUUAAGAUUAAGAAGACUGAAGAAAAGGGGCCUGUCACCCCUCCACAGCUCACAGUGGUCACGCCGCCCCCUUCAAAUCCCAAAAAGACGAGGACUCCACGAGAAGUAUCACCCGAGAGUGCCAGCUUUCAGUCACCAAAAAAUUCUCAGGAUUCCUUUCGCAGUCCAGAUUCAUGGGCUUCAAACUCUCUACCUUUGUCGCCACCCCUGUCCAGCCCAGGGUCCCCUCGAAGCUCUCUACCCUUCAGAACUAGCCUCCAGAACUCGUGCCUUGAUACCCCUACAACACCCGUUGCAGCACCUAGCAACAACCUUACCACAGCCGCCAAGGCAUCACAGUCAUGGAGUAUCUCCACCUCCGAAUCCGGAAGGACGGAGAACAGCGAGGAAGCCACUCUAUCCUCCUCCAUCUCUGAAUUGGAAUGCUCCCCAAAGUCCAAGGCCCCAGCGUCAAGACAACAGUCUAUUCCUUCCAUUAUCCACUCGGUCCCAGAAGAAGCCAUCGAAGACGAGCCAGAAUACGAGUCCUUCCCCACAGCGUUCACCACACCAACUCCUACCAUUUCCAUCUCGCCAUCUCCUUCCUCGACGACGAUCACCACGCCCACACAACAGCAACGCCGUCCGGGUAUCCGUCGGGCUACUACUUCAUCUUCGCUAGCCCCCGACCGUAGGGCGUGGUCUCCUCUCCCCCCUGCAGCGGACCUCUUCACCCCACGCAGCACACUCACAUCUUCCCCACCUUCCAACCGCCAGAUGCGCAGUCUGCCGAUGAUGGUGGUGCAAAAGACGUGCGAGAUUCUGAUGUCACCUCCCUCUCACCUCAUCAGUCUGAUGCUGAAGAUUGCGGCGAGGAUCUUGGCAGGGGAGUGGAAGGGGUUGAUAUUUGGGUGGGGGGAGAAGGGGGAGAGGUUGGAAGUGGAGUGGGAUUGGAGUGAUGACGACAUCAGUCCUCAGCAGCAGCAGAGAAAGAAGACGAUGGGGACAAGGGCGAGGGGGUGGUCGACGCUUACGGUUAAUAAUAGUAAUGGUAAUAAUGCGAAUGAGAGGGUGGAUGACUGGUGGUUGAAGAGGAAGAAGAGUAGGGAUCAGAUGGCGGGGACUUUCCCGGAGAGUGAUGAUGAGGAGGAGGGGGUUGAUCCUCUCGAGGUUAAGAACAGGAGGGUGAAGGCGUUGAGUGGUGGGGAGGAUGAGGAUGCGAUGAGCUCGGGGGUGGAUUAGAGGCUUUACCCCCGGUUUGUUGUUGGAUCAUUAUCAUCUCCUGAGCUGUCGUCGCCUACGAGGAGGAAGAGGAGGGGGGUUUUUGAGGCGUUGAGGGAGGUGGGG